CAAAGGCAAAAGAAGACAUUAGAAGAGAAAAGAAGUCCAGCGUGCAGCUGGAGGAAUGAAAGCUACAGUAGCGUAGGCAGGUCCGUGUGCAUCGCUGGAAGAUGCAUGCAUUCGCAUGAAUAAUGCAACGAGCAGAUACAAUGUGGCACGCGAAUCCCGAGGCAUACAAAUGCGAGCGCCUGCAGCGGCGGCAACCGGAUGUGCCAGCCUGCGAGCGCCGAGCGCCGAGCGCCAGGCGAGUUGCGAUAAGAGAGAAAGAGCGAUAGAAGGAAUAAAAGGAGCGGGGCACCGUUACUCUGGAGGGACAUCCUUCGAUUUCGUGAGAGAAGCGUCAGUACUGGCACAGCCAUUUGAAUCAGUUUGACGCGUGCCUCCAUCUUCCUCUUGCUAGUCUUCGACUGACUGCUCAUCAUGACAGGACGACGAGGAUUCCUCGUUCUAAUCAUCACCGCCUUGGCUACUUGCGUUUUCGCUAAAAUCGUCGAUUCCUCGUCGAAAUCGGAUGGACAGCUAGACCUUCUCCGUGAUAAACGAGCAGUGCCAGCCCAAGUGGGUCAAGCGAGUUCGCAAAAGUUCCAAGCGUGCAUAGCCCCAGGCAACAAACCGGGCCAUUGCAAGCACCUGUCCAGCUGCGGAGACGAGACGUAUCGCCAGAACUUUCCUCGUAUGCUGGACUACGUAUGCGUGAUCGACCAGCAAUUCGUCGGAGUCUGCUGUGCCGACGACGCACCCGACAAUACUCUGGUUGACGUGCCUCCUGCCGGGGGUUUAGCUGGCUCACUUCCCGCCGUUGCGACCGAGGGACCGGAUGUGAUAACGAUGACGGGUCAGGACACCGACGACCGGAUGGUCAGACGCUCGCGGGGAUGUGGCAUCAGCGCGCAAGAUCAGAACCGCGUGAUCGGUGGCAAACCCACGAGAACGCGCGGAUGGCCUUGGGUGGCCGCCCUGAUAAGGGACGGUGACACGAAAUGCGGCGGAGUACUCAUCACUGACAGACACGUGCUGACAGCUGCCCAUUGCAUCUGGAGGUACAAGUCCAAAGAUUUUAGAGUUCGACUUGGAGAGUACGACCUUCGCUUCCCUAACGAGACACGUGCUUUGGAUUUCCGCGUGGUGGAUUUCCGUAUCCAUCCCGAUUACUCGCCAAGCACCCUCGACAACGACAUUGCCAUCCUCAAGAUCCAUCGUCCGACUAUUUUCAAUACCUACAUCUGGCCCAUAUGCUUGCCACCUGUAGGGGCCAUCUUUGAAAACAAGCAGGCUACCGUCGUUGGUUGGGGCAUGACGGAGUUCGCUGGCGCAGGCUCUUACGUCUUGAUGGAAGUUACCGUUCCGGUUUGGCCUUACGAAAAAUGCGCCGUCAAAUACGUGCAGGAGAUCACAACGAAGCAUCUUUGCGCUGGCGCUUACGAGGGAAACGGCGAUUCCUGUCAGGGUGACUCAGGUGGACCGCUGAUGAUCCAACUGAACAAUGGCCGCUGGGUGAACAUUGGAAUCGUCUCGUGGGGUAUCGGUUGUGGCAAUCCCGACCAACCAGGCAUCUACACAAAGGUCAAUGCUUACCUCGACUGGAUCUUUACCAAUACCAUCUUCUAA